ACUACUACAAGGGAAAGAAGCAGUUAUACACCCUCGAGAAUGGUGAAAUUCCAGGCAAAAUUAUAAAACCAUUUUUUUUCUCUCUCUGUCCAAACGGCAGAUCAGAUCCAUUCUUCAACAAAUCCCCUUUUCAGUUUCAGUUUUUCUCGAGGAUCCCGUGAAACGACAUGGCGAUGGUGGACCAGCCUCUGUAUCCGAUUGCCGUUUUGAUCGACGAGUUGAAGAAUGAGGACAUUCAGCUGCGCCUCAACUCGAUCCGAAGGCUCUCCACGAUCGCGCGCGCGCUCGGCGAGGACCGCACGCGGAAGGAGCUGAUUCCGUUCCUCAGCGAGAACAACGACGAUGACGACGAAGUGCUCCUCGCAAUGGCCGAGGAAUUAGGUGUCUUCAUUCCCUACGUCGGAGGCGUUGAGCACGCCAACGUGCUUCUUCCUCCCUUGGAGACGCUCUGCACCGUUGAGGAAACCAGCGUCAGAGACAAGUCGGUGGAGUCGCUGUGCAGAAUUGGAGCUCAGAUGAGAGAGCAAGACUUGGUUGAAUACUUGAUUCCUUUAGUUAAGAGGCUGGCUGCUGGUGAGUGGUUCACGGCACGGGUUUCAUCGUGUGGUUUGUUCCAUAUUGCUUACCCUAGUGCACCCGAGGCGGUGAAGACUGAACUGAGAGCCAUAUAUGGGCAGCUGUGUCAGGAUGAUAUGCCCAUGGUUAGGAGAUCUGCGGCCACAAACUUGGGAAAGUUUGCCGCUACUGUUGAAGCUCCUCACUUGAAAUCUGACAUCAUGUCUGUGUUUGAGGAUCUCACACAUGAUGAUCAAGAUUCUGUUCGGCUACUUGCUGUUGAGGGUUGUGCAGCUCUGGGGAAAUUGUUGGAACCUCAAGAUUGCGUGGCACAUAUUCUUCCUGUCAUAGUCAAUUUUUCUCAGGAUAAGUCAUGGCGUGUUCGUUACAUGGUUGCUAAUCAACUAUAUGAGCUAUGUGAAGCUGUUGGUCCUGACCCCACCAGAUCAGAAUUGGUCCCUGCAUAUGUUCGUCUGCUGCGUGAUAAUGAGGCUGAAGUACGUAUUGCUGCUGCUGGGAAAGUAACUAAGUUUUCCCGCAUAUUAAAUCCCGAUCUUGCGAUUCAGCAUAUUCUACCAUGUGUGAAGGAGUUAUCAACUGAUUCUUCUCAACAUGUUCGCUCUGCACUGGCUUCUGUUAUAAUGGGUAUGGCACCGGUGUUAGGGAAGGAUGCCACAAUCGAGCAACUUCUGCCUAUUUUCCUUUCUCUUUUGAAAGACGAGUUUCCUGAUGUCAGGCUAAAUAUUAUCAGCAAGCUUGAUCAAGUGAACCAGGUUAUUGGUAUUGAUUUGUUAUCUCAGUCUCUGUUGCCAGCCAUAGUAGAACUAGCUGAGGAUCGGCACUGGAGAGUUCGACUUGCAAUCAUAGAAUAUAUACCCUUAUUGGCAAGCCAGUUGGGUGUUAGUUUUUUUGAUGAUAAGCUUGGAGCUCUUUGCAUGCAAUGGCUAAAGGACAAGGUAUACUCAAUCCGUGAUGCGGCUGCUAAUAACAUCAAACGCUUGGCAGAAGAAUUUGGACCGGAUUGGGCAAUGCAGCACAUUAUUCCCCAGGUUUUGGACAUGGUUACUGAUCCACAUUAUCUGUAUCGAAUGACAAUCUUACAAUCAAUUUCUCUACUAGCUCCUGUUCUGGGCUCAGAGAUUUCUUCUUCAAAACUGCUCCCUCUGGUCAUUAAUGCAUCAAAAGAUAGGGUACCCAAUAUCAAAUUCAAUGUAGCUAAAGUGUUGCAGUCUCUCAUCCCAAUUGUUGAUCAGUCUGUUGUUGAGAGUACCAUUCGUCCCUGUUUGGUUGAGCUCAGUGAGGAUCCAGAUGUUGAUGUUAGGUUUUUCGCCUCACAAGCACUACAAUCUUGUGAUCAAGUCAAGAUGUCUAGCUAGAUCAGUUUGCAUGUGGUCUUUAGUUUUUUUUUUUUCUUAUAAGAUUUACAUUUUCUUCUGUAAUUGACAUGACGCCAACUUGCCCAAUCCUUUGUAUCACAUAAUUGUUGUGAUCCUGCUUUGCUUUCAUUUUAUCCGUAUCUAUGCUACCAGGUUCUUUGUAGUGAUGAAACAUUGUUCAGAAUUGAGAUGGGUUUUGACGACCACUAAUUAUAUGGUUUACCAAUGUGAAGAUUUUGUCUGAAAUUUUGAUUUACCAAUACAAUGAAUAUAUUUCGUUCUGUUUAAAAGA